UGCUUGUUUGCCCCAAUCUCACCACCCAAUAAAAUAAGGGAUUGAGACAUACCGGGCUGGGUUCCUCGAUAGCCCUUAUAUAGAUAGACAGGCCCUAUGGUAGGGACCCCCUUGCCUGUACACCGCAUGGUCAUAUAGUUACAGAUGGACACGGUCAGCGAGUGGCGUAAAAUGGGCAGCACAUCGGUGGAGGUCCUGUGCCUCGUCCUGGUCAUCCUCUCCUUCCUAUCUUUUAUUGUGUGCAGCGCUACGGACUGUUGGAGGGAAGAUGCAAAGGAUCCUUACUCCUCCGUAGGGUUGAGCUCUCGGUGCCGUGGCCUGUGGAGCGAGUGCGUUUAUGAUAAUAUGGCCAAUGUUUGGACGUGUGAUAUUCCCAUCUCCUUUCUCAGUGAACACGCAGUGGUACUUGUGGUCACCCGUGCAUUGGUCAUCGUAAAUGGCAUCCUUAGCAUUGCUGUUACACCAGUGCUGAUCCUGGGAAUGAAGUGCACCAAUAUUGUCCAUUGGGGAGGUGACCACAAGACAAGGCUCUGUAAAGCUGCCGGCAUAAUGCUGCUUUUGGGUGGUGUUUCUGGAGGAAUUGCUGUUUUCUGGUAUGCUAUAGACACUGCACUAAAAUACAGAACGGAGGUGAUUCUGGCUGUUCCAGGGAUAACAUAUGAACUUGGAUACUCCUAUUGGUUUGCUGCUUCUUCAGCCCUAUUCACCACUAUUCCUGCUCUACUUAUUGUUUGUUUACACUGUAGAACCAUGAACAGGAGGGGAUCAACAUGGAGAAAUGCCAACGUAUGUAGGAGCCCCAACAAUGCUAUGACCUAUCUAUAACUAUAGACCCAUCUGCUGGCUAUAUACUCUAUCCAUGUGCUGGAUACUGUCAUAUACAAAGAAAUGGAUGAAAUAUGUGUUAAAAGAGAGAGCGACACUGGCACAAUGACAGAGCUAUAUAACUUUACUGCCCAGCGCUGGAGGAAAUAUUUUGAUUUUAUCAUGAUAAUUUCAUUAAAGGAAUACUCCGCCCCUAGACAUGUUAUCCUGUGAUCACGGGGAUCCUGCUGCUGGGGACCCCUGGAAUCUCUCCUGCAGCACCCCUGUUCGUUAGCUGCACGGAGAGAAGAUCGCUCCUUGGCUGAUGACGGGCGAUACAGGGGCCGGAGUAUUGUGAUGUCACGGCCCCACCCCCUCGGGAUGUCACGCCCAACCCCCUCAAUGCAAGCCUAUGGGAGGGGGCGUCACUGCCUCCACACCCCCUCCCAUAGACUUGCAUUGAGGUGGCAGGGUGUGAGGUCACGAGGGGGGGACCCCUGCGAUCAGACAUCUUAUCCCCUAUCCUUUGGAUAGGAGAUAAGAUGUCUAGGGGUGGAGUACCCCUUUAAGUAUUAUUAUUUAUUUCACAACAAAUUCCAUGAAAAAAAAAAUAGAAUAAAACUCUUCUAUAUAGUCACCUUCCUUUGGGAUGCCAGACACGAUCUAUUACUACUCCUUCCGCCUUCACCAUUUUCAAUAAAAAUAUA